CUUGGAUCUAAAGAAGACCUUGAUUUCACAAGUGAAUUAUCUAGUAAGAUAGAUAAUAUACAUGAAGUAAGCUUGGAUCUCUGUGAUAAUAAAAUGAGGUACAAAGUCAAAUAUGAAGAGCUCUAUAUAUUUUCUAUAAGUGAAGGCAAUAGAUAUGAUGAAAAAGGCAACAGAUAUGAUGAAGGUAAUGGAUAUAAUAAAGGUAACAGAUAUAAUGAAGACAAUAGAUAUAAAGAUAAUCAUAAACAAACCUCUAUAAUCAAAAAGCAAUAUAUUAUAACAAAAUCUAUAUCUAAAAUAAUUACAAAUCAACAUUCAAAAUAUCCCAAAGCCCAAGAAAUUUAUACCAAUAUCAUAAGUAAUUGUUUAAUAUUAAGUGCAAUUGCUAAUAAUUCAAAUAUAGAUAAAAUAGAAAUUUAUUCAGAAAAACAUAAAGCAGUACUUAAAAAUAAAGAAGGAAAAGAUAUAAUAGUUGGUCCAGUAAAUCUGCUAGGCUUUUUAAUAGAGUAUGAAGUAUUUGAAAAUAAGGUUCUUAAAGAAAAUAGGCUAAAAGUUGCAAAGCUAUAUCAUAAGUUUCUACUAUUAGAAGCAGACCUUCUAGUAGUUGCUUCUUUUUUUAAUUCAAAUUCAUGUGUACCAAAAUCUACUUACUAUAAAGAAAUUGCUGAGAUUUUAGAAAUUAUAAUAAUACAAAAUUCUAAACAGAAUUUUGCUAUUCAUCAAUUAAAG